AUGCAGCGUCCGGAUAACAACGUCGAUGAAACACUGAAGGAUGAGAAGCUGAACAGCAAAGAGGUUCUAGGGACUGUGAACGAUAAGGAUGAGGGCCUUGUAAGAAGAAACUGCGAUGUUGACGCCGAGCGGCAUGAGAAGAAUAGAGAACUCGCUGGUAGCGUCCGAGUGAGCAAUGAAGCACCAAACAACGACAUCAAUCUCGAGAGAGCUGUCGCUACGAACGAGAUGGAAGAAAAAGACGCCGCAACUACAGACAUUACAGGUGCUCCUAUCGAAGACGAAGAGGCAGAAGACGAAUCCAAGUACCUCUCUGGUGUCAAACUCUGGACACUCUCUUUCGGCCUGUGUUUAACAACGUUUGUCAUUGCACUAGACAACACCAUCAUCGCGACCGCGAUCCCAAAAAUAACAUCCGUCUUCAACAGCCUCGAAGAUGUCGGCUGGUACGGUUCUUCCUACCUGCUCACCACCACCUCUCUCCAGCCCUCGUUCGGAAAGGUCUACACAUAUUUCGACGUAAAAUACACGUAUCUCGGUGCACUCAUCAUCUUCGAGGUGGGCAGUGUGAUAUGCGCCGCCGCGACCAGCUCGCCCAUGUUCAUCAUCGGGCGGGCCAUUGCCGGUGCAGGAGCUGCGGCACUGUACAGUGGCGGCAUGACGAUCAUCGGGUUCUCUGUUCCGCUGCGAAAACGUGCUAUCUACAUCGCAGCACUGUCUUCUAUGUUCGGCAUUGCCAGUGUCGUAGGCCCAAUCCUUGGCGGCGCCUUCACCGAUCGGCUUUCAUGGCGUUUUUGUUUCUGGAUCAACCUUCCCUUUGGUGGAGUCUCUUUGGCUGUGGUGUUUUUCUUCUUCAGCAAUCCGGAGAGGAAGUAUAGUCAUCUUCCGAUCAGAGAGAGGCUGGCACAUAUCGACUUGGCUGGUGCGGUGUUCCUGAUCUGUGCGAUUGUGAGCUUGCUCUUAGCGCUGCAGUGGGGUGGAUUCACGUAUCCGUGGAGUAACUCGAAGGUUUGGGGGACGUUGUUGGGGUUUGGACUACUCAUCGCUGUGUUCAUUGCAAUCCAGUUCUACCAGAAGGACCGAGCGACUAUACCAGUAAAGGUUUUCAAACAGCGAACCAUCUUGGUUAGUUGUGUUUUCUCAGCGCUGCUAUCUAUGGCGCUCUACACGCAUAUCUUCUACCUGCCGUUCUACUUCCAGGCUAUCAAAGGCACUACGGCUGAAGAGUCCGGAAUCCGCACUAUCGCCUACCUCGUCAGCAUCACCGUAUCUUCUAUCGUCAUUGGCGCCUCCAUCACUGUAGUGGGGUGGUACGCACCCUUCAUGUGGUUCGGUUCGGCAAUAUUUGCGGUCGGUGCAGGCAUGCUAUACACACUCAAAGUCAGCUCGCCCAACAGCCAUUGGAUCGGGUACCAGAUCCUCGCAGGUAUCGGCGCUGGAGCAGGUGUCCAGAUCCCGUUCAUCGCCGUUCAAGUUGUUUCUAGCGUAAAAGACAUGCCGACUGCAAAUGCUUGUGUGCUGUUCUUCAACAGUCUCGGUGGUGCGCUCAGUAUCUCGAUAGCCCAGAAUAUCUUCGUCAAUACGCUUGCGAAAGAGAUCCCAAAAUACGUGCCGAACUUUGAUCCACAGAUUGUUGCGCAGGCUGGAGCCACAAACCUGAGGCAGGUUGUGCCUCCAGAGUUAUUGCCGGGGGUGUUGCAUGGCUACAACAACGCGAUUGUGACGGCCUUCAUUUUGGCGAUUGCGACGUCGUGUAUGGCCUUUGUUGUCAGUCUUGGGCAGGAGCAAAAGAGUGUUAAAGGAAAGAAGCUCAUGCAUGGUGGUGGAGGCGCGUAG